CGGCGGCCGCGGCCAGGGCGGCCGGUGGGACCGCGGGUCCCCGGCGCAGCGCCGCCCGGCUCCCGGCCCUGCCGGCCUCCUCCCUCGGCGCCGCGGCCAUGGCGGCCAGCGCGAAGCGGAAGCAGGAGGAGAAGCACCUGAAGAUGCUGCGGGACAUGACCGGCCUCCCGCACAACCGAAAGUGCUUCGACUGCGACCAGCGCGGCCCCACCUACGUGAACAUGACGGUCGGCUCCUUCGUCUGUACCUCCUGCUCCGGCAGCCUGCGAGGGUUAAAUCCACCACACAGGGUGAAAUCCAUCUCUAUGACAACAUUCACACAACAGGAAAUUGAGUUCCUUCAAAAACAUGGAAAUGAAGUCUGUAAACAGAUUUGGCUAGGAUUAUUUGAUGAUAGAUCUUCAGCAAUUCCAGACUUCAGGGAUCCACAAAAAGUGAAAGAAUUCCUACAAGAAAAAUAUGAAAAGAAAAGAUGGUAUGUCCCACCAGAACAAGCCAAAGUGGUGGCAUCAGUUCAUGCAUCUAUUUCAGGGUCCUCUGCCAGUAGCACAAGCAGCACACCUGAGGUCAAACCACUGAAGUCUCUUUUAGGAGAUUCAGCACCAGCACUGCACUUAAAUAAGGGCACACCUACUCAGUCCCCUGUCGUAGGUCGCUCUCAAGGGCAGCAGCAGGAAAAGAAGCAGUUUGACCUUUUAAGUGAUCUUGGCUCAGACAUUUUUGCUGCUCCAGCACCUCAGUCAACGGCUACAGCCAAUUUUGCUAACUUUGCACAUUUCAACAGUCAUGCAGCUCAGAAUUCUGCAAAUGCAGAUUUUGCAAACUUUGAUGCAUUUGGACAGUCUAGUGGUUCGAGUAAUUUUGGAGGUUUCCCCACAGCAAGUCACUCUUCUUUUCAGCCCCAAACUACAGCAUUUAGAAUGCUUUCAUCUAGCUGCAGUUUUGGUGAAUUUACUUCAGCUUUUCCUCUCCAGGCUACCAACAGUGGAAGUGCUGGAUCAGUAAAUGCUAAUUUUGCUCAUUUUGAUAACUUCCCCAAAUCCUCCAGUGCUGAUUUUGGAACCUUCAAUACUUCCCAGAGUCAUCAAACAGCAUCAGCUGUUAGUAAAGUUUCAGCGAACAAAGCUGGUGUACAGACUACAGACAAAUAUGCAGCGCUUGCUAACUUAGAUAAUAUCUUCAGUGCUGGGCAAGGUGGUGAUCAGGGUAGUGGCUUUGGGGCCACAGGUAAAGCUCCUGUUGGUUCUGUGGUUUCAGUUCCCAGUCAGUCAAGUGCAUCUUCAGACAAGUAUGCGGCCCUGGCCGAACUAGACAGCGUUUUCAGCUCUGCAGCCACCUCCAGUAACGCAUAUACUUCCACAAGUAAUGCUAGCAGUAAUGUUUUUGGAACAGUGCCAGUGGGUGCUUCUGCACAGACACAGCCUGCUUCUUCGAGUGUGCCUGCUCCAUUUGGAGCUACACCUUCCACAAAUCCAUUUGUUGCUGCUGCUGGUCCUUCUGUGGCAUCUUCUACAAAUCCAUUUCAGACCAAUGCCAGAGGAGCAACAGGCCUUUCUGGAGCAAUGCAUUCUCAAGUGUUUCCUCACGCUCAUUUUGCAGCGACCUUUGGCACUGCAUCAAUGAGCAUGCCUGCAGGGUUUGGGACUCCUGCUCCCUACAGUCUUCCCACCAGCUUUAGCGGCAGCUUCCAGCAGCCUGCCUUCCCAGCCCAAGCAGCUUUCCCUCAGCAGACGGCUUUUUCUCAACAGCCCAAUGGUGCAGGUUUUGCAGCAUUUGGACAAACAAAGCCAGUGGUAACUCCUUUUGGUCAAGUUGCAGCUGCUGGAGUAUCUAGUAAUCCUUUUAUGACUGGUGCACCGACAGGACAAUUUCCAACAGGAAGCUCAUCAACCAAUCCUUUCUUAUAGCCUUAUAUAGACACUUUACUGGAACGAACUUUUACGUGGUCACAGUACAUCUCUCCGCCUCUUGCACUGUUGUCUUGUUUCACUGAUCUUAGCUUUAAACACAAGAGAAGUCUUUAAAAAGCCUGCAUUGUGUAUUAAAUACCAGGUAAUAUGUGCAAAACAGAGGGCUCCAGUAACAACUUUUAACCUGUGAAUUGGCAAAAAAAAGUAGCCGUAUCAUGUAUAUUAAAAAUUGGCUAAUAUUAAGUUAUUGCAGAUACCACAUUCAUUAUGCUGCAGUACUGUACAUAUUUUUCUUAGAAAUUAGCUAUUUGUGCAUAUCAGUAUUUGUAACUUUAACACAUUGUUAUGUGAGAAAUGUUACUGGGGAAAUAGAUCAGCCACUUUUGAGGUGCUGUCAUAUAUCUUGGAAUGAAUGACCUAAAAUCACUUUAACCAUUGCUACUGGAAAGUUACAAAGUCAAAAUUGGAAGGUUUUAUUCAUUCUUGAAUUUUUCCUUUCUAAAGAGCUCUUCUAUUUAUACAUGCCUAAAUCUUUAAAAAUGUAGAGGGAUACCUGUCUGCAUAAUAAAGCUGAUCAUGUUUUGCUACAGUUUGCAGGUGAAAAAAAAUAAAUAUUAGAAAAUAUGCUAUUGUUUUUGUGUUCUUGCUGCAAUGCCUUUACCAAAGUGGCCUUAAAUAUGAGUAGUGAAUUGAGAACAUCUUGAAUUCUUAAAUUAAAAUUUCAGAAGACUUCUAGUGACUAACUUUUAUGUCUAAAGAGAAAAUUUUAUAAAAAGGCCAUGUAGAAAAUUUUAUUUAAAACUAUGACUGCUAUAUUCAGGAGUAUGUCAGUGGUAAAGCAUUUAAAUGUAGCUUGUUAGAUUCACCAUAAUUCUUCUAAUUUCUUUGCAACUCCUUAAUUUUGUGAAAAUUUGUAUAUAUAAAGAAUUUGCAUGUAUGUGUAUUUACAAAUUUUUUUAAGUAUCUUGAAUUCUCAGACUGCAAAAGGCUUAUUUUAACUAUUGAUUUUUUUAAAAAAAAUUGUCUUUGAAUGUAUUGGAAGCAGACAUGCAUUAACUGUGACAUGAUUGCACCUCAUUUUUUUUUUUUUCCUUUGUUUGGACAGAAUGAUAUUAAUAGGACAUUUGUUUAUGUUCAUUUCUAGUGGGAAAGAAACUGGAACCCAGUGUUACCUUGAAGUUAUAGAAAACUUUGUUUAAAAAGGCAAGGAUACUAAUGUUUAGUUAUAUCUUUAUGUUAAUAUUCAAAUGAAUUUGUUUAAAUAUUUAUAUAAUGCCUCAUUCAUCCAGUGAUAAUAUAGCAAUCUCAAUCAAAACAGAACACAACUGAGAAACCUGUAAUAGUUUUUUAAAAAAUGCCUUUGAGUAGCCCACAUAAGUCACAAAAUCUAUAUGUUAGAGCUCAUGUGUUUGUUCUUAUGUGAGAUUUUGAUUAAUAUAUUUCCCAGCCCAUAGCAUACUAGCAGUUCAGGAGUGAUGGCUUGAAAGGAAGGAGACAGGAAAAACCAUUAAGAGCAAACACUGUUGAAGACCUGUUAGUGUAGCGACAGCCAGCCCCACUUAGAGGACAUUACUACAUUGCAUCAUCUUUUGUUAAUUGUCUGUUACUGUGACUCUGUGUCACAAGAAAAGGUGAACUUACAUAUAUAAAUAUGUGAUACAUGUUUGAAAAGCUUUCUUAUACUGAUUAAGAUUGUUUUUAAGUUUUGGUAUUAAAAGAGGUGAACAUCAGCUUCCUCAAAUAUUAUUUAUUCAUGUUGAAUACCUUUUCCAAUGGUGACUACAGGAGUUGUUUUCAUACUAUAUUAAAAUCCGUGUAGAUUUUUAGACUUGUUGAAACAUUGCUGUCCAUUGUGUAUCUAGCUGAAUGUGUGGUAUCUGAACUAUGAUAAGCAAGGAGACUGGGAAAUCUCUGCCCCUUUUCGGAGCGGAAUGCCUCUUUUAGAAUUAAAUGAAUGCUGCAAAGGUCUGGGUGUGUGUUGGUGUAUACUUGAAAUGUCUCUACAUUUUUGGAGUCACCCUCCAGCCCCCUUCUCAUGGAGGGAAUACACAAAAUGUCUUGGAAUUCCUAUCUUUAGAUUGUAUUGGGUCCCAAUCAACUCAUGUACAAAGUCGUGCUAUACAAUUGUAGGUCGUUACUCAGUUAAUCCACCAGGCUUUCCAUCUAAGAAAUAAGUACAUUAAACACUUAUUAAAAUAAUUUCAAAGACUAUUUUUUCUGGGUGAAUAUAGAGGUUCGUAAUGGAGUGGGAACUCUCGUUGACUUUAAAUGAGUGUUUGUAAAAUGGAGGUGUCUAGUAUAGGAAGUGAGCCAGCUUUCAUAUGAAUUUAUCUCUUCAGUUAGGCUUUCACAUUCAUAGCUGCUUCUGGUUUUAUAUGACCGUCAGACUCGUGUUGAGUACUGAGGAGAAAAUACUCAGAGGUGGCAAGGAUGAAGACACAAGCUUCCCAACUUUCUAGUUGAAUCAGAUCUCUCCUGCGUUUGCUCAGGAAAGAAAAUGUUCUUUUCUUUUAGGGUGGCAAAUUUUAUUGGUAACUUUAAAGUCAUAUUUUUAUUCUCAUUUUUGUGAAAGUAGAGAUUAGGUAAUCAUUUUCUUCCAUAAAAUGAUUCCUUCUGUAAAUUUGGAAAAGCCUAUCAGUGCUUUCUUUACUCGAGAGUUGCCCCUGCUCCUAGCAUACCUCAUCUUUGGUGUACGGUUCUUGUAAGUUAGUAAAAUGAAGAGGGUAACUAACUGGCUGCUUUCAGAUGAGAUCAGGCGUGUUGAGGGUGGUAUGGCCAUAGACUCAUUGGCUGCUUUCAUAUCACAGUACCACCAGCAGUUCUGAAACACUUUGGUCUCAGGACUUCUAAAUUAUUGAAGAUCCCCAGAGAGCUUUUGUGUAUGUGGCUUGUGUCUGUCAGAAUUUGCUAUAUUAGAAAUUAACACUGAGAUAUUUAAAAAACAUGUCAUUUAAAGAUAACAGUAAUAAGCCCCGUUACAUGUUAACAUAAAUACAUUUUGAUGACAGAACUGUUUUCCAAAAACAGUCAGAAGACCAUUGUUUUGCCUUUGUGCAUCUCUUUAAUAUCUGGCUUAAUAGAAGCAGUGGGAUUCUCAUACUGUCACAUUGCAAUUCUUUUCAUAUGACAUGGCAUGUGGGCACUGGAAAAUUCCAUCAUGCACUUGCGAAACCACGAAUGGAACAGACAUACAACAUUGUAGUAUUAUGAAAAUAGCUUUGACCUUGGGUUUGGGGGACCCUCAAGGGUCCUCAGACCACACUGAGAACCGUUGCACUAUACUUUAAAUUUGUGUGUUUCUGGAGCAACAGUGUUUAGUUGUAGGGUAAAUGUACUACGCCCUCAACUUCUAAGUGUUUUUGUUGGCUUGGUGGGAAAAAUCAAAAUUUCUGUUGAAAUUGCAAACUUUUACAACAUCGUUUUCUGAGUUUUCUUCUAUUUUUAUUUGAAUAUAUUUCAGUAAUGAUAAAAGUGGUGAAUAUCUCCUUUUUUUUGAAAAGGAUAUUACAAGUCCUGACUCGUAGUUAUUGGUGUUUAUUUUGGAGUUAUUUACUAUUCUGACCACUUUAAAAUUGCAUAAUUGGUUUGGGGGUGCCAUCAAUAAACUUGCUGAGGAAAAAUUCAAAAUGAAGAAUAGUUUCUUAUUUCUUUUAUGUUUGUAGGUAAUAAGGAAUUUCAGUUUUGUUGUGUGUGUGUGUGAGUGUGUGUGUAAUUUUUUUAAAUGAAAACUGAAUUUUAUUAACAAACACUGCUUCCCUCCAAGUAGUCAGCUACAACUAAAGGAAUGUGUUUACUUCUUAAGGAAGAUGAUGUUUGCUGCUCCCCCCACCCCCAAGCUUUUUAUACCUUGUCCAUCUUUAGAGAGAGCACUUGUUGCUUAUUUAACAAAAUAUUUUUAAAUUCUUUUGAAGACAUAGUGACUUUAUAAAAGGUAGUUUACAAUACGUAAUCACCACAAGCGCUGGCUGUGUUGCUAUUGUUGGCAAUACUGCAAAACACUUUGCCGUCCCCAGGCACGCCUGUGCUCUGCUUCUUGGGCCUCUUUGUCCCUGUGUUUGUCCUCCUGUCCUGAACUCCGUGUUCAGAGUGGCUUGCCUCAUUUUUGGCCUCCACUUGCAGUCUCAGACUUACAUCAGAAAACUAAUCUCUAGGGGACCUUAUGAAGAUACAUUUUUUUAAAAAGUCAUGACUUCAAAAUAAAAUGAAUGGCGGCCUUUAUGGGGUGUGACCUAACAAGCUCUUUCAGUGUAUCAGAAACUUGCUAAAUGCUUUUCUUUUGUUCUCUCAUAUAGUCCCUAAAGUGGACUCAUACUUAAGGGUGAAAGAAGCAAAGCAUAGGCUAACAACAGAGCUUUUGCCCUAGGGAGCAAAUAUUUUAUUGUCAGAUUAAAGUGCUGUCACAUUUAUGUGUAAGUAGGUAUUUUUUUUUAAAUCUUAGGAAAUUCUAAGAGUUACUUUCUAUAUUCUAUAUAUACCCAAUAAAACCUAAUCAUUUUAAAUUUGGGUUCUAUGUAUAAUUUGAUGAAAUCAAUAGUUUAUUUUAACUCUACAAAUAAAUUAAUGGGGUGAUAAGCAGGUCAGGUUUUAAACCGGAGACAUCUGAAGUAUCACAAUGACUCCUAUUUUGUGAAACAUCCCAACUUUGAUAAAGUUUGUGCCCUUGACAGUAGUAAAAUUUACUUUUAUAGGGAUGUUGUUACUAAAGUUUGUACUGACCUAGUGUAUUAAAUUUGUCUUCAUUAGUUAAAUUUUUCUUUGUAUAUUUUAAAACAUGUCUUUCACUAAAAUUUUUAUGUGGUAGAUUUGAACAGGUGAAUAUAUGACCAUGAUGUAAUCCAGUGCUGUGCUGGUGGGUGUUUUUCUCUCAUGAGGAACUGCUGUUCUUUAGUGUUUAUUGACAUUUGUGGUAUAAAUACUCUCACCAUGGCUGAGUUCACCUACCCAUCUGAUGUCAUUAAACGUGCAAUUAGAGAGCUGGCUGGAGUGCCAGCUCCAACACAGCCCUGAUGUGUCAUUCCACAACUCACUUCCUUAAAUUUAUUGUUUGGUGAUUAUAUCCGAUCUUUGAAGAGCCUUCUGUUUUAUGUUAAUUUAGCAAGCAUAUGGACACUAGUUUAUUUCUAGAAGCGUACCUGGGCACUAGGGUUUUUAAUCUGGAAAGACCCAAGCAAGUGUUGUGAAAUCUGGUUUUAAAAAGUUGAGUUACUGUGCGAAUGUAAAGGUUGCACAUUCAUGGCAAAUACUCUGAAUUCUCUCUGCAGUUGUGUUGUGUUUGACCCUUGCAGUGUUUUGAAAACUUGGAUUUUGUACAGCUCGAAGAGUAUUCACAUUCAAGGUGGCCACUAGCCUACCACUACCAGUUUUUUGAAGCCUCGGGCAUUCAGAUGCAUUUUAAGGCCUCUGAAUUGACAUAGCCUUUGUAGACAGAAAAGGGCGUUUCUUUUAUUUUUUUUAUUUUAUUUUAUUUUUUUUUCCUUUUUUUUUUUUUUUGUCUUUUUGCUAUUUCUUUGGGCCGCUCCCACGGCGUAUGGAGGUUCCCAGGCUAGGGGUCGAAUCAGAGCUGUAGCCACUGGCCUACGCCAGAGCCACAGCAACUCGGAUCCGAGCCGCGUCUGCAACCUACUGCACGGCUCACAGCAACGCCGGAUCGUUAACCCACUGAGCAAGGGCAGGGACCAAACCCGCAACCUCAUGGUUCCUAGUCUGAUUCCUUAACCACUGCGCCACGACGGGAACUCCAGAAAAGGGCGUUUCUUAUGUCACCUCUUAACUCUUCUGGUUUUGGGGUCUUAGAGGAUUUGAAUUUAUAUUGUCAUUUUCUGGUGAAGACUUACACCAAAAAUGUAUUUCUUUUCAGACCUGCUUGCUUCUAUGUAUUCUGCUUAUUUUAUGCCAGUGGAUAAGAAUUCAGCGUAUACAUCAGUAUAUUUUUGAAAUCUGUGCUUGUCCAACUCACAGGUCUGUGGAAUUUAAUGAAAACAGAGUGCCGUGAUUCAGGCUUUUGGGACAAGGAAAAGUGAUCCUGGAUAUAAGUGGUGAUUUAAAUGCCCAUUGAGUAAUGUUUUAAUUUGUUCUCUGAAAUCUUGAGAAGAUGUUAUCCAAGUUACAGUGCAAACAGUGAGCGUUACAACUUCAACUAAAUUCUCAACAUUUUCCCUCAGUCUCAAGUGGAGGGACAGAGGAAGCAAAUACGCCAGGAAGCCUUCUAAUUUUGACUAAACAACCAUUAAAUAAAAGGCAUCAAAGGAUUGUGACUUGAUGUUAGUGUUUCAUAGAAUGCUAUGGAUACAAUCAGGUUUUUUAAAGACUUUAAAGGUUUUUAAUAUGUUACCAUAAAUAGUACAUGUUUAUGAUGUUUAAAAAUUAUGCAUUGUACAAAGGAUGUAAAGUGAAGAAGCUUGUCGCCUUCCUGUGACUUGAUUCCCACAUUCCAAGGAAAUACCGUUUCUUGUGUUCUUGUAUAGGCUGUCAGAAAUGUUAACGUUUAUUUUAUAUACCUCUUUAUAUGUGUGUGUGUAUGUGUGUGUGUGUAUGCCUCUCACUGUCCUCCCUUAUUUUAAAUGUAUGGUUUUAUAAAACUUGGUUCUCUUUGUUUUAACUUGAUUAUCUUUCCAUAUUACCACAUCCAGCUCUAACUCAUUAUCUCCUAAUGAAGCCAAGAUACCAAUAUAUGGAUGCCCCUUUUUGAAGAAUAUUUGUUUAUAUAGUUUUUCUGCUAAAAACAGUGAUACAAUGAGAAUAUCCUUAGGCAUAUAUGAAGGUUAGUCUUGAUUCUUCCUGACCCUUAAGUCAAUAAAGUAGACAUCAUUCAAUUUUGAGUCUCACCUGCUGAUUGAUGAUGAGCUUAUGCUUCCAUUAGGAAAUUCUUCCAUUUAAGGAAGGAAAAAUAUCCCUGAAAUUGACUCUCUCAAAAUAGGAUAUUUGGAAAGGCCUGUGCGUUUUAAUUGAACUGUGAAGGCAUUCUAUUAGUUCAUUGAAAGAGUGUGAAGUUCACAUCCAGUUGGUACCUUAAUUUUCCGUGACCCUUAGAGUUUCUGAAAGUGCAGUUUGAGACUUACUACUCAUUGAGAUUGUGCCUUUCCUUAUCCAUAUUAACUUAGAAUGUACCUUAUUUUCGAGAAUGAGAACGUAAAUUUUAAUUUGGCAAAAUCUAUUUUGGCACAAGUACAUGGUUCAUUAUUUCUUCAAAAGUAGUUACUUUUGCCUUAGAAAAUAUUUAGGUAAUAACUGAAAGUUAUCACAAGAUCAGGGUCCAGAGAAUUUAACAUGUAUUUACCAUUAGUCAAGGACAGGACUUGCUUUCAGGAAUAGUUUAUGAGAAAUUAAUCUCAGCCCUAAUAGCUGCUAGAGAAAGUACCUUAGCACUUAGGGCUGGAAAUAGUGAGAAGAGAAUUUGAAAUCUGAAGGAAAAAAAAAAAAAAAGAAAGCAAGCCCCUUUUAGUCAGCAGGGUAUGUCUU